AUGAAUGGUGCCGCGCCCUGUCCCGCCACCGCCCCGGUACCCGACUGGCGGCAGUUCUGUGAGCUGCACGCGCAGGCGGCCGCAGUGGACUUCGCGCACAAGUUCUGCCGUUUCCUGCGGGAGAACCCCGCCUACGACACGCCCGACGCCGGGGCCUCCUUCUCCCGCCACUUCGCCACCAACUUCCUGGACGUCUUCAGCGAGGAGGUGCGCCGCGUGCUGGUGGCCGGGCCGGCGCUCAGGGGGGCGGCGGGGCACCCCGACGCCAUGGAGCCCGAGGCCGCGGCACCCCCGGCGCUCAAGGCAGCGUCGUACGGCCACUCGCGGAGCUCGGAGGACGUGUCGGCGCACUCAGCGGCCAAGGCCCGCGUGCGCAAGGGCUUCUCCCUGCGCAACAUGAGCCUGUGCGUCGUGGACGGGGUGCGAGACAUGUGGCACCGGCGAGCCUCGCCCGAGCCCGACGCCGCCCCGCGGGCGGCCGAGCCCCCGUCCGAGUCGCGCGACAAGUGGACACGGCGCCUGCGGCUGGCCCGGACGCUGGCGGCCAAGGUGGAGCUGGUGGACAUCCAGCGCGAGGGCGCGCUGCGCUUCAUGGUGGCCGACGACGGCGCCACGGGCCCCGGGGGCGCCGCGCAGUGGCAGAAGUGCCGCCUGCUCCUGCGCAGGGCCGUGGCCGGCGAGCGCUUCCGCCUGGAGUUCUUCGUGCCGCCCAAGGCCUCCAGGCCCAAAGUCAGCAUCCCUCUCUCGGCCAUCAUCGAGGUCCGCACCACCAUGCCCCUGGAGAUGCCAGAGAAGGACAACACGUUUGUGCUCAAGGUGGAGAAUGGAGCAGAAUACAUCCUGGAAACCAUCGACUCACUGCAGAAGCACUCAUGGGUAGCUGACAUCCAGGGCUGCGUGGACCCCGGAGACAGCGAGGAAGACGCCGAGCUAACCUGCGCCCGAGGAGGCUGUCUGGCCAGCCACGUGGCCUCCUGCAGCUGUGAGCUCCUGACAGACGCAGACCUGCCCCGGCCCCCAGAGACCACGGCAGCUGUGGUGACAGCCCCACACAGCCGAGCUCGAGAUGCCAUUGGGGAAUCCCUGGUUCAUGUCCCUCUGGAGACCUUCCUGGAGACCCUGGAAUCCCCGGGUGGCAGUGGCAGCGACAGCAAUAAUACAGGGGAGGAGGGUGCAGAGCCAGAGGCCGAGGCUGAACCUGAGCUGGAGCUCUCCCACUACCCCUGGUUCCACGGGACGCUGUCUCGGGUCAAGGCGGCCCAACUGGUGCUGGCGGGCGGGCCCCGGAGCCAUGGCCUCUUUGUGAUCCGCCAGAGUGAGACUCGGCCUGGGGAGUACGUGCUGACCUUCAACUUCCAGGGCAAGGCCAAGCACCUGCGCCUGUCCCUGAACGACCAUGGGCAGUGCCACGUACAGCACCUGUGGUUCCAGUCCGUGCUUGACAUGCUCCGCCACUUCCACACACAUCCCAUCCCACUGGAGUCAGGCGGCUCUGCUGACAUCACCCUGCGCAGCUAUGUGCGGGCUCAGGUCCCCCCACCUGACCCUGGACCCUUGCCCAGCGCCGCGCCGGUGCCCCCCGCCUGCUGGAGCGAGCCGGCGGGUCAGCACUACUUCUCCAGCCUCGCCACGGCCGCCUGUCCGCCCCCCUCGCCUUCGGAGGCCGGUGGCGCCUCGUCCUCCUCCGCCUCAUCCUCCUCUGCGGUGUCUGUUCCUGGGGUCCCGCGCGCCCCCGAUGGGCCGCUCAGCGCGCGCAGCCGCAGCAACAGCGCGGAGCGCCUGCUCGAGGCGGCUGGCGGCGCCGAGGAGCUCGCAGAGGCCGGGCCGGGCGAGGGCGCGCGGGGUCGGACGCGCGCGGUGGAGAACCAGUACUCCUUCUACUAGCCGGCGCGAGCCCCGGGGCGCCCACGCGUCCAUAGGUCCAGCGGACGCUGCUGGGCCCAGCCUGGCGCUGGGUGGGAAAAGCAACGCUCUUCAGUGAAGACAUAAAUGUUAUUAAAGAGCCUGU